AUGGCUUCACAUCUUAACAUCGGACUCCCACAAAUCCAUACCGCGAAAGGGAAGAAAUGCAUUCCUCCGACCAAUGAUUUCAUCGCAGGCACCUGGCACGUAACCCACUCCAGCCUUCCACUGUGGAAAGGCAAGCAGAACGUCAACAUCACCUACGAGCUGCUCCCUCCCGACUCCUCAGGCGUCAUCAAGAUCGAUGACCUAGUCAAGUACCAAGCUGCUGAGUCGGAGAAAAUAAAGUCAGUCCAUGGUAUUGACACCCCAAGCCCAGGUAAUCAAGGUGCUUGGGACUGGCGAGGCAAAGGUUGGCUGAUGAUCGCGAGCUCGCAUUGGGAGUGCCUUGGGUGUGGCCGUACAGAUGAUGGCAACCAGUGGGUUGUUACAUACUUUGCCAAAACCCUUUUCACGCCUGCUGGGAUUGACAUCUAUUCUCGGUCCAAAGAAGGCCUUCUUCCGACAUUUGUCGAGGAGAUUCUCAAAGCACUCAGGGAGCUCGGGGUCGUAGAGAUCACGACGCUGGCCAACGAAAUCUUCCAGGUCCCGCAGAACUAA